AUGGCUUUCGACAUCGUCGGCGGUGGGCCCUACACCGGAGUUUCGGACGGGAGGAUAAUCCGGUGGCGGGCCGAAGAACUCCGGUGGGUCGAUUUUGCCGUGACAUCUUCUAAAAGGGAUGGUUGCAUAGGCCCGAAAGAUGACACUCAACUUGAACACAUUUGUGGACGCCCAUUAGGCCUGGGCUUCUACAAGAAGACGGGUGAGCUCUACAUUGCGGACGCUUAUUUGGGCCUCCUUGUCGUGGGCCCAAAUGGUGGACAGGCCAGCCCAGUAUCAACAGCAGUUGAUGGAGUUCCGUUUGGGUUCACCAAUGCUCUGGGUAUUGAUCAGAAUAGUGGAGUUGUAUAUUUCACAGACAGCAGUACAAGGUUCACAAGAAGGUAA